AUGGCGAUUGUGGUAGAUGUGGGCGGUCGGGUCAUAAAGAGGAUAGCCCUGCAUGUCCCGCACGACUUAGUAAAUGUAACCGAUGCUCCCAACAAUGAAAACGUAAAACGCAGGAAUGUGCGCUGGAUUAAAGACGAGAACCAAUCGGACAAAAAUUCCGAUCAAGAAAGCUGUUUUAAAAUAAGCAGUGACAACGAACAGGAAGAGUGGAUAAAAUGCCGGAUCGGAGGCGAAGAGGUUGCCAUGAUAAUCGAUUCCGGAUCUCGAUUUAAACUUAUAUCGCAGGACGAUUGGAUGGAUCUUCAGUCGAGGAAAGCAACUGUUUUCAAUGUGCGCACAGAGACCCAAAACCAAUUUAAGGGAUAUGCCUCAGACACAAUUUUAAACGUCACUUGUGUUUUUGAGGCACCAAUAGGGAUCAGGCCAGGGUCAGAGCUGAUUGCCUCCUUUUUCGUAAUAGGAAAGGGACGUCAAUCACUACUUGGACGGGAAACGGCAACUAAGUUAAAUGUCCUGCGAGUAGGGUUACCGGUAAAUCACAUUGAAGGAGUCACGUCGUUUCCCAAGUGGAAGGGAAUUAGUGUAAAACUGUCAAUAGAUCCACAUGUUUACCCAGUGAAACAACCUUUGAGACGCAUUCCCGUCGCGCUGCAAGAUAAAGUCAACGCCAAGCUAGAAGAAGCGCGCAAGCUAGAUAUAAUCGAACCGGUUAGUGGCCCCAGUUCUUGGAUAUCACCCGUAGUGAUAGCAUUUAAAGAGAACGGCGAAAUCCGACUGUGCUUGGAUAUGAGACAGGCAAAUCGGGCGAUCCGCAGGGAGAAUUACCCGUUACCUACUUUCGAAACUUUUAUGACCAGGUUGAGGGAUGCAAAGUUGUUUUCACGGUUGGAUCUCAAAGACGCGUACCACCAAUUAGAACUAGAGGAGUCAAGUAGACAAAUAACAACCUUCAUAACACAUCGGGGAUUGUUCAGAUACAAAAGAUUGAUGUUUGGCAUAAACGCAGCUCCAGAAAUUUUUCAACGACGCCUCGAAGGGCUCUUGGCGCCAUGCUCCAACGUCAUGAACUAUAUCGACGACAUAAUCAUUUUUGGGAAAAAUGAAAAAGAACACGAUGAAGCGGUCAGAAUGGUUCGCGAGAUUUUUGGAAAAUACAAUGUACUUUUAAACAACAAAAAGUGUGUUUGGAAGACGAACAAGAUAAAAUUCCUGGGUCACAUCUUGACAGACAAAGGAAUUCAAGUAGAUCCUGAGAAAAUAUCGGCGAUUGGUUCGUUUCGAGCUCCCAGAAACAAAGAAGAAACGCGUAGUUUCUUGGGGCUGGUCACGUACGUUGGGAAGUUUAUUCCAGACCUAGCGGAUCUAACGGAACCGUUACGCUUGUUGUUAAAGAAGGAUCAAAAGUUUAUUUGGGGAGCUGCUGAAGAAAAAGGGUUCCACAAGUUAAAGUUAGCGUUAACUAAGAUUCCGAGUCUCUCAUACUUUGACCCUAAAUAUAAAACUCGACUGAUAGCUGAUGCAAGUCCUGUUGCUUUGGGAGCAGUACUACUUCAAUUUAAAAAUGACCUCACCCCAAAUAUCAUCGCUUUUGCUAGUCGUAGCCUAACGGAUGUAGAGAAACGCUACUCUCAAACUGAGAAAGAGAGUUUGGCUUUGGUCUGGGCAGUGGAGAGGUUCUAUUUUUACCUAAUGGGCCUAAAGUUCGAACUGGUGACGGACCAUAAGCCACUAGAAGCGAUUUUUAAGCCUACAUCCAAACCUCCAGCGCGUAUUGAGAGAUGGUUCCUACGCCUUCAGGCAUACCAUUUCAAAAUAAUCUAUAAAACGGGCAAGGAAAAUAUAGCUGAUUGUUUAUCCCGUUUGUGUGAAAGAGGACCGUCUAUUUCUUAUGACAUUAAAGGCGAACACAGCAUACUGCGGGUUAUUGAGAAUGCCGCACCCACACUAAUAGCUAUAUCCGAAAUUGCCGAAAAGAGCGCUAAGGAUGAAGAAAUCGUCGACGCAAUGAUGUGCCUUCAACAGGGUUCAUGGGAGCCUGCAACUUCUAUUAAACUGUACCCUUUUCGACAUGAAUUGACAAACAUUGGAACCAUCAUGCUGAGAGGAGUGCGCAUUGUCAUCCCCACGACACUAAGGCGGACGGUGUUGGUGCUAGCCCAUGAAGGCCACCCGGGCGAAUCGGCAAUGAAGCGGCGACUACGAACUAAGGUAUGGUGGCCCCAAAUUGGCAGGGACACUGAGAAAUUUGUGAAGGAUUGUCUAGACUGCAUCUUAGUAUCCCAGGCGAUAAGUCCACCGCCAAUGAAGAGAACAGAGUUUCCAAAUGGGCCGUGGCUGUCAGUCGCUACGGAUCUACUAGGGCCACUUCCCAAUAAUGAAUACAUAUUAGUUCUAAUAGACUAUUACUCUAGGUACAUGGAGUUUAAGUUUCUGCGCUCAAUAACAUCACAAUCAAUUAUUGAAGCUUGUAAGGACAUUUUUAGUAGACUGGGUUAUCCAAAAGCGUUACGGACUGAUAAUGGUAGGCAGUACGUAAGCGGGGAAUUUCGGAACUAUUGCAAAUCAUGCGGCAUUGAGCAAAUCACAACACCACCUUAUUGGCCACAGGCAAAUGGCGAAGUAGAAAAUAUGAAUAAAGCCCUAGUCAAGCGUAUUAAGAUAGCCCAUAUGCACAAAAAGGACCUUAAAGAUGAAGUCCGAACUUUUGCACUCAUGUACAAUGUCACGCCUCAUGGGACGACAGGGGCGCCUCCAACAGAAUUAAUGUUCAACCGAAUUAUUCGCGAUAAGAUCCCGGGUAUACAGGAUUUAGUAGGAGAGUUUGCCGAUUCAGCAGAAAAGGAUAGAGAUUGCGUAAAUAAAGAGAAAGGUAGGGAAAUGGCAGACAAAAGAAGGGGAGCAAAGGAAGUAAACGUAAACGUUGGAGACAAAGUGGUCCUUAAGAAUGUAGUUUUUCCACACAAACUAACACCUAACUUCGACACCACAGAAUAUGAGGUGGUGAAAAGGACAGGUGAUCUAGUUCAAGUAGUAGGGGAAGGCAGAACGCUGAUGAGGAACGUUAGUCACCUUAAGAAGGUCCCCAAAGCAAAAGAAUCACCCGAGGACAUCGAUACGAACUCCGUGACAGAUCCUGCUGCGGACCAGGUUUCAGUUUCAGUACCAACCAAGCAGCAAACCCCUGGAAGGAAGGACGAAUCUAACCCGGAGGGAUUAAAACUGAAGCUCGUGAGGAAGGAAGGGAUGUGGGAACCGGCAGCGAGAUGCUAA